AUGCAAGCAGCGCCCCCGGCCUCGUCUGGCACGCAGACCAAGCACAACCUCGUCGAUCCAGCUGUCUACGACAAAAUAUCGACCGAAGAAGACAAGAAGCCUUUGACGAUCAAGCUGCGGAAGCCCGGCGUAAAGCAGACGAAGCCUGGGAACUGGAAAGAAAGCGAAGUCCUAGACCCCAGCCGCAAGAAGCAGUCCUCACCACCCCCUAAACCCCCCUCACCAAUCGUAAACCCCCUCUCCCCGAGCCUCGCGCCCGCCUUCUCGACCUCGCGCCCCAUGGAAGAUGCCCCCGACACGGUCCAAUGCAAGCACUGCCGGCGCCCCGUCCUGCGAGUCAAAGCCCCCGAGCACAUAAAGUCCUGCCUCUCGAAGAAGCAAGAAAAGCUCAAGAAGAAGAAAGAGGCCAAAGAAGCCAAAGACGCGGCUCUCCGACGCGAGCGCGGCGAAGGCGCCUCGCAAGCCGGCGAUGACAACGACAUAUCCACCUCCAAAGGCGGCGCGCGCAAAUCCGCGCUCAAGGGUUCGGAAGCGGGGGCCGACGACGAGAGGGCGCUCACGAAGAAGGCAGGCAAGAAGCGCAAAGCGGAAGGGGAGCCGGGCGACAAGGCUGUCAAGACGAAGAAGAAGAAGGAGGAGCCCAAGGCCAAGGCCGCGAAACCCAAGGGGCCGGUCGAUGUCGAGAAGCAGUGCGGCGUCCCGCUGCCGAACGGGGCGCAGUGCGCGAGGAGCUUGACGUGCAAGAGCCAUUCAAUGGGGGCCAAGAGGGCGGUGCCGGGGAGGAGUCUACCAUAUGAUAUGCUGCUGGCGCAGUACCAGAAGAAGAAUCAGGCAAAGCAGCAACGCGCGGCAAUCGACGCCAACGCCCCCCUCCCCGACGACUUCGACACCCACGGCCCCGUCGACUCCGACGAAGAGAAAGAAGCCAUCAUGGCCGCCAUCGCCCGUGCACGACCGCAACCCCUAGUCACCAAACACCCCAUCGCCACGAAGUCGAAAUACCAGUACGUCCGCAUGAAAGAGAUGCUGCACUCCGCGUUACGGGGCGGCGGGGGAGUCGGCAAUCUGUUUUCCGUGCCGAACGGUUUUGCUGCGGGGAAUGGAGAUGGGGGCGGGGGCCUGCCGCAUAGAGGACUUCUGGCGGGGGAGGGCGAUGUGGGGUUUUCGAGUCCGGCCGAGGGAGGGCCGCAGCCGGGCGUGUUUGAGGUGCAUCCGCAUGCGAGAAGGCAGAGCGUGAUUAUGACGGGCGGGUCGCGUCAGGUUGUGGGGCAGAUGGCGGCGCCGGCGAGGAAGGGGAGCGCGGGUGGGGUGGGUGUGGUUGCUUGA